AAAUUUGUAAUUUGGGUUGUGUGAAAACUUCUUUGGGCCUUAUAAACAACCACAGAACCACAAGUUGGGGAGGCUGGCAGUGUCAGAAGACUGCGCCCGGCAUAGUGGUCAGCAAGCAGGACGAAUCACACUGCCUGCAAACCACAGGGUUUCGUAGAGUGGUGAAAGAAAUCAUUGAACCCCCUGCCUUCAGAAGAGGGUGCAUUUUCAGGAGGAAGCGAUGGCUUCAGACAGCAUAUUUGAGUCAUUUCCUUCGUACCCACAGUGCUUCAUGAGAGAAUGUGUACAUGGAAUGAAUCCAUCUAGAGAUGUUCACGAUGCCAGCACGAGCCGCCGCUUCACGCCGCCUUCCACCGCGCUGAGCCCGGGCAAGAUGAGCGAGGCGCUGCCGCUGGGCGCCCCGGACGCCGGCGCCGCCCUGGCCGGCAAGCUGAGGAGCGGCGACCGCAGCAUGGUGGAGGUGCUGGCCGACCACCCCGGCGAACUGGUGCGCACAGACAGCCCCAACUUCCUCUGCUCCGUGCUGCCCACGCACUGGCGCUGCAACAAGACCCUGCCCAUCGCUUUCAAGGUGGUGGCUCUGGGAGAUGUCCCUGAUGGCACUCUGGUCACUGUGAUGGCGGGCAAUGACGAAAACUACUCAGCUGAACUGAGAAAUGCCACCGCAGCCAUGAAAAACCAAGUUGCGAGAUUCAAUGACCUCAGGUUUGUCGGUCGGAGUGGAAGAGGGAAAAGCUUCACUCUGACCAUCACCGUCUUUACAAAUCCACCGCAAGUUGCCACUUACCACAGAGCCAUCAAAAUCACCGUGGAUGGACCCCGAGAACCUCGAAGACAUCGUCAGAAACUAGAUGAUCAGACCAAGCCCGGGAGCUUGUCCUUUUCCGAGCGGCUCAGUGAACUGGAGCAGCUGCGGCGAACAGCCAUGAGGGUCAGCCCACACCACCCAGCCCCCACACCCAACCCUCGGGCCUCCUUGAACCACUCCACUGCCUUUAACCCUCAGCCUCAGAGUCAGAUGCAGGACACAAGGCAGAUCCAGCCAUCCCCACCGUGGUCCUAUGAUCAGUCCUACCAGUACCUGGGAUCGAUAGCCUCCCCUUCCGUACACCCGGCAACACCCAUCUCACCUGGACGGGCCAGUGGCAUGAGCACCCUCUCUGCAGAGCUUUCCAGUCGACUCACAACGGCCCCCGACCUGACGGCCUUCGGCGACCCGCGCCAGUUCCCCGCGCUGCCCUCCAUCUCAGACCCUCGCAUGCACUACCCCGGCGCCUUCACCUACUCCCCGACGCCCGUCACGUCGGGCAUCGGCAUCGGCAUGUCGGCCAUGAGCUCGGCCACGCGCUACCACACGUACCUGCCGCCGCCCUACCCCGGCUCGUCGCAGGCACAGGGCGGCCCCUUCCAGGCCAGCUCGCCCUCCUACCACCUGUACUACGGCGCCUCGGCCGGCUCCUACCAGUUCUCCAUGGUGGGCGGCGAGCGAUCGCCUCCGCGUAUCCUGCCGCCCUGCACCAACGCCUCCACGGGCUCGGCACUGCUCAACCCCAGCCUCCCGAACCAGAGCGACGUGGUGGAGGCCGAGGGCAGCCACAGCAACUCGCCCACCAACAUGGCGCCCGCCGCGCGCCUCGAGGAGGCCGUGUGGCGGCCCUACUGAGGGCCCUGUGGCGGCCGGGCGGGAGGAGCGCCCCGGCCCAGGCCCAGCCUUCGCCCCGGAGAGCCCGCGGGGGUGAGGUCUGCGGCCGGCGCCUUGGGGGUAGGGGGGGCGCCCCUGCGAACUGGGUCCUGGGAUCUCGCUCCGUGCCCACCAGGCCCCCGGGGCCGCCUGGGCCCUCGAGGCCGUGCGGAGCGUCCGGAGCGCCGUGGCUGUGGGCCCCGCUCACCUUUUCUGAACCUGACCCAACCUGAGGGUGUCCGCUUCGCCAGCGCGCGGACGCGUCGUAAGGCAAACAGGAAGAUUCCCAGAGGGAAACUGUGAAUGCUUCUGAUUUAGCGAUGCUGUGAAUAAAAGAAAGAUUUUAUACCCUUGACUUCACUUUUUAACCAAGUUGUUUAUUCCGAAGAGUGGAAUUUUGGUUGGGGUGGGGGCGGGGAAUGCAACUCCUCUUGUUUGGUAUCUAAUUCAUAUUUUUUAAUUUUCUUUUCCAGCACCUUAUAAAUUGCAAAAUGCGUAUUUGUAUUUGGGGUGGUGUGUGUGUGUGUGUGUGUGUGUGUGUGUGUGUGUGUGUGUGUGUGUCUAUAUAUAUAUAUAUAUAUAUGUAUAUAUAUAUAUUUGAGCUUGCUUCUUGCUUUAACAAUUGAAAGAAAUAUGAUUCCUUUUUCUCUAAGUUUUAUUUAACUUUUCUUUUGGACUUUCGUGUAGUUGUUCUUUUGAGAAACAGCUACAGCUUUGGGUCAUUUUCAACUACUGUAUUCCCACAAGGAAUCCCUAGAUAUUUAUGUAUCUUGAUGUUUAGACACUUACUUAUGUGUUGAUACUUUUUUUAUUAUUUAAAUGUACUUAUAUUAAGAAGAAAAAUAUCAAGUACUACAUUUUUGUUUUUGAUAGUAGCCAAAGUUAAAUGUAUCACAUUGAAGAAGGCUGGGAAAAAAGGGUGGGCAAUGUGAUGACUUGGUUAUCUAAAUAUUGUUUACAUUAAACUCCCUUUCAUGUUAAUCAAACGAGUUGGUAGCUAAUGCAGCAAUGUUUUUAAUACGCUUUUUUAGAUACUGAGGGUCACUUGAAGGAUCUGAAGUAUGGAAUUUUCUGCCAAGCUCAACAAAGGGUCUCAUAUCUGACUCCCUCUCUUCAAACAGAGAAAGUCAAAUCUGGUUCCAGGAGGUUCAGAUAGAUGCCAAAGAUUGCACCUCUGGAGAGGAUUUAUUUUCUGCCUAGGGGUUUGUUCCCUCCACGGCUCUUGAUAAUUUCAGACAUGCUUUGUAACCAUUGAAUCCGAAGUAAGCUAUGCAGAAGAGCAGUAUCCACAUGGAAACUGAAUGAAUGGAUUUAUGGGUUCCUUAACUGCUCCCUUCUGGGGUGGUAAGGCGAUCAUCUGAAUCCAGAAUUCAGAUUUUUUAGCUCCAAAAAAAUACUCCUAUUUGAUACAGUACCUGUUCGUUGAAGCAGAUAAAACUUGUGGCUGUCCCCCCAAGGCUGGGAGUGGAAGAAACCAGACCCGGUGCUUUUGAUGCCUGAAGGUGUCCAGCUGAAUUUUCAUAGGGUGAGCUCAGAGGAGACCUGAACAGGACAGUUUUCCUUUGUGUGUCUCGAUGGAGUCACAUGGGAAAACAUUGCCCCUUCCUGUGCCGGACUCCAUCCCAUGCUGCUGAUUCAGCAUCUGUCUUUGCAUUGCUUUCCCCAGGCUGAGACCCUACCUAACAGGGUGUGUGCACUUCUAUCCGUGCAUCAGCAUGACAGGAAAGUUUCAUGUCACUGCUGCCCAUGGCUACAAUUCAAAAGUAUCCAAUGUCACUGUAAAUUUUAUGGCACUAUUUUUAUUGGAGAAUUUGGUCAGAAUGCAGUUGUUGUACAACUCAUAAAUACUAACUGCUGAUUUUGACAUACGUGUGCUCAAAAUGAUCUGGUUGUUAUUUAAUGUACCUCUUAAAUUAGUUGAAAUGAUUUCAGGUCAACUCUGAAGAGUAUUUGAAAGCAGGACUUCAGAACAGUGUUUGAUUUUUAUUUUAUAAAUUUAAGGAUUCAAAUUAGAAAGAUCUUUGGCUGCAGGCAGCAAAACAGCUGGUCUUAUUUAAAACAACUUGUUUUUGAGUUUUCUUAUAUAUAUAUAGAUAGAUUAUUUGUUUUACACAGAUGCAGUAGCACUUUGGUAAGAAUUAAAGAGUAAAGCAGUUUGUGUUGUCAGGUCAUUCUUAUCUAGAAAAGAGCUAAAACAGAUCUUGGAGAAACUCAGAAUAUAUUCAUUUUCGUUUUCGAUGGGAUUUUCUGUCCGCGAUUCAAUUUGAUGUUUUAUUCUGUAUUAUAUUUUUGCAGCAAAAUUCCCCUUAAAUGUCACUAAAUUGAAAAAUUUUAUUUUUAAAAAGGACCUUUGGCCCCUUCACCCCAAAUCAAACCUAAGUGUUCUUUUCAGCACAUGUUGCCGUAUCUGACCUGACAAAACAUUGGGGGAAAAUGAAGGAAAAAAAAAUUUAUAUUUUUCAGUUCAUUUCUGGUACCUGAAGAUAUUCCAACUCAAAACCAGCCUAAUGCCCUAGAAGGGGAUGGGUGAAUCCUCACAUUGAAUCAAUCAAAGGCAUGUAGGAGGAGGGCAUGUCACUUCGUUGGAGACCCAUGGGUUUGCCCAGUCAAGAGUUUCACAGACCCUUAACCAGCAUAUGUAGUACUUAAUCGUUCCAGAAAAAAAUUAAAUCAAACUUUAAUUGUUUUGGAGAUAGGCUUCACAUCACACUUAAUGCUUUUUCACCCCAGAGAAAUUGCAUUCAUUGCCUUCAGGUAAAUUAAGGUGGUCCUUUAAUCAAGGACACCCUUAAGCCAAUAAUACAAUAACUGGAUGUAUCUGGGAGCAUUGGUCCAAGAGAAGAAAGAUUAAGCCAUUUCUACUCCUUGUUCAUGCCUUUAUUUAUAAUGUCAACAUGGACAUAUAUUUUCAUUCUUUUUGGUUUUCUCACUAUAUUCCUUAUAUGACUUAUAUUUCUUACAUGGCCUAUAUUUCUUUCUUUCUCUGGCCCCCUAAUACCUCCGUUUCUCUUCCCCUCCCUCCGCCAAACCCCUUCUCCCUCCUCCAUUCUCUCGCAUACACACCCCCAACUUCAUACCAAAUGUCCAGAACACGAGGAGCUGCAGGUCUCCUCCCUUUACAUAAAGGAACAUGGUGAGUCAGCCUUUCUCCUGCUCGUCGCGGGUUUCUUCCAGCAGAACAGAGACAUUGCCAACCAUUUUGGAUCUGCUUGCUGUCCAAGUGCAGCAACAGAAGCCUUCCUGGACAAAUUACAAUCAGCAAGUUAGUAGACGGGCUUUCUGCUGCCUUGCGUUUCUGUGCAGUAAACAGAAAUGCUCUGAUUGGAAAGGAAAUGAAUGGUUUCACUCAAAUGUCCCGCAAUUGAGGAUUGCAGGUUUCUGUCUGAAAACCUGCUUCCUUAGGACAUUCCGUCCUGGUGAUUUUUGUUUUUGGUGGUUUUUGUUUUCUGGGGGUACAACAUGUUUGGGGUCUUUUAUACAUGAAAAAUCAGUUAACAAUAAUCUCAGAAAGCGUUUUUUACAUCUGAACAAAAUGCCUGUUUGUUUACCUACAGUAUACAAUCAUUUGGGGUUUUUGUUUGUCUGUUUGUUUGGAGUUUUUCCCCUCCCUUUGGCCAGAUCAGUAUUGAUGAAGCUGAUCCUUUGGCCUUUUUUUUUCCUUCCAGAAGAGUUGCAUCAACAAAGUUAAUUGUAUUUAUGUAUGUAAAUAGAUUUUAAGCUUCAUUAUAAAAUAUUGUUAAUACCUGUAAUAACUUUUUUUUUCAAUUUUUUGUGUGUGUUUCUAAGGACUUUUUCUUAUGUUUGCUAAAUACUGUAGACGAAAAAUGCUUCUUUCUACUCUGUUUAUUUUAGACUUAAAAAUGAGCUACUUUUUAUUCACUUUUGUAAAGAGCUAAUAGCAUGGUUCCAAUUUUUUUUUUAAGUUCACUUUUUGUUCUAGGGGAAAUGAAUGUGCAAAAAAAAAAAAAGAACUGUUGGUUAUUUGUGCUAUUGUGGAUGUAUAAAAAUCAAUGGAAAAAAAUAAACUUCCAAAUUGAAAUGACAGUAAAACAUAUCUAUUGAAAAAGUAA